AUGGACGUUGAGAGGCUCCCAGCAUAUCCACCACUCUCGCUAGUCGAGCAGCUGAUUCUCAAGGAAAAGCGAGGGAAUUGUGUCCCCGUGUUCGUUGAGCUACCCGGCGACCUCCUCACGCCAUGCACGGCCUACUUGCGCAUAUCUAAGGAAUCCGAAUACAGUUUCCUGCUCGAGUCUGUCGUGAAUGGAGAGAACCUGGCGCGAUAUAGCUUCGUCGGCGCAGACCCAUUUAAGGUCAUCAAGACAGGUCCGAACGAGCUCAUCAAGGGUGAUCCUACUGGCCCUCUGCAGCAGGAGCUGGCACAACACAGGUAUGUUAAGCUGCCGGAGGUUCCGACGUUCACUGGCGGCGCCAUCGGCUAUGUCGCGUAUGAUUGUAUUCAGCACUUCGAGCCGAAGACUACACGUGCAACGAAGGACACUCUCGGUCUCCCAGAGUCCGUUUUCAUGCUCGCCGACACUAUAGUCAUUUACGACCACCUAUUCCAGACCGUCAAGGCUGUCUCCCACAUAUUCUUCCCUGACGGCAUGUCAUCUAAUAACCUGCCUUUCAUGUACGAAACUGCGGUGUCGAAGGCGCGAAGGCUGGCCAAGCUCAUCCUGGAACCCAUUACUCCGGAGAUCCCACAGCCACCCAUCACCACCAUUGGCACUGAGGCCGUGUCAAACGUCGGCAAGGAGGGUUACGAAGGUUUUGUGACCAAGCUGAAGGAACAUAUUGUCGCAGGAGAUAUCAUUCAGGCUGUCCCAUCGCAGCGACUAACACGCCCAACUUCUCUUCAUCCAUUCAACGUCUAUCGUCAUCUCCGGAGAGUCAAUCCAAGUCCAUACAUGUUCUACUUGGACUGUGGAGGCCUCAAAAUAGUAGGUGCAAGUCCGGAGACACUUUGCAAGGUGGAGAAGAACAAAGUGUUCAACCACGCCAUUGCGGGGACUGUCAAGCGUGGGAAGACUCCAGAAGAGGACGAGAGGCUUGGUCAAGAGCUUCUGAACUCUGAGAAGGAUCGUGCAGAGCAUAUUAUGCUCGUGGAUCUGGCUCGGAACGAUGUCAACAGGGUCUGCCAACCGAAGACAGUCAAGGUAGACCACCUGAUGCGCCUAGAGCGCUUUAGCCAUGUCAUCCAUCUCACGUCUCAAGUAUCUGGUCUCCUUCGCGAGGGCAAGACGAGAUUUGAUGCUUUCCGAUCAAUAUUCCCUGCCGGUACUGUAUCUGGCGCGCCGAAAAUCAAGGCUAUCGAGAUUGUCUAUGAGCUCGAACAGGAUCGCCGGGGUGUAUAUGCCGGCGCUGUCGGUCGUUUCGACUUCGCAGAAGACGAGAUGGAUGUGUGCAUAGCCAUACGUACCACGGUGUUCAAGAAUGGCACCGCUUACUUGCAGGCGGGUGGAGGUAUCGUGUUUGACAGCAUCGAGGAGGACGAAUACAUCGAGACAGUUAACAAGCUCCAGGGCAACCUCAGGGCCAUCGAGCAGGCAGAGAGUUAG